CCCACACUGUCUCUUCCUUAUCCUGCCCACCGCCGCCGCCGUCCUCCGCCUCCCCGCGCUCGCGGGCCCCCUCGCCCGCGCCGCCGUCACCCUUCGCCUCCCCUGAGCUCGCGGGCCCCCUUGCUCGCGCCGCGGGUCGACUCCGCCCCCAGCUCCCUGCGCCUGCCGGUGGCCUCGCCCACGCCGCCGCCGUCACCGUGGCCUCCAUCCUCUCCUCCCUCCUCCCACCGGCGCCCACAGCCCCACCGCCGCCGCCUCUGCCUCCGCCUCCCACCUUCCAAUCCCGCAGGCCCAGGCAGCUGCGACCUCCACCUCCACCCGCGGGGCCCCCGAGGGCAAGGGUGGGAAACGACGGGGAGCGUGUGAGCCGAGAGCGUCGUCGCGUGCGCCGGCCCCGGCCCCGUCGAGUUUGCUCUCUCCUCCUCCCCGAUCCCCGACCAGAAGCAGCUUCCAUGGCGUCCGGCAGAUGGAGCCGCAAGCCAUCGCGGCCCCCUCGCGCGCUCACCCUCCUCAAGGCGCUACUGCUGCCCGUGCUCCUCCUCGCCUUCUCCUCCUCCUCCGCGGCGGCGGCGGCCGCGAUGCAUAACAACAACUGGGCCGUGCUCGUCUGCACCUCCCGUUUCUGGUUUAAUUAUCGACAUAUGGCGAAUACUCUGUCUUUGUACAGGACAGUUAAGAGAUUAGGAAUACCUGACGAGCGGAUCAUACUUAUGUUGGCAGAUGAUAUGGCUUGUAAUCCUAGGAACAGUUAUCCUGCCCAAGUUUUCAACAAUGAGAACCACCAGCUAAAUCUUUAUGGUGACAAUGUUGAGGUUGAUUAUCGAGGGUACGAGGUAACAGUUGAAAACUUUUUGAGAAUUUUGACUGGCAGACAUGAAAGUGCAGUACCAAGAUCAAAGCGUCUCCUAAGUGAUGAAGGAAGCCAUAUUCUUCUGUACAUGACUGGGCAUGGUGGUGAUGAGUUUUUGAAGUUCCAAGAUUCUGAAGAGCUUCAGAGCCAUGAUUUAGCAGAUGCAGUGAAGCAGAUGAAGGAGAAACAUAGAUUUAAAGAGCUGCUGAUAAUGGUAGAUACUUGCCAAGCUGCUACUCUCUUUUCACAGCUUCAUUCACCUGGUGUUUUGGCGAUCGGUAGCAGCAUGAAGGGUGAAAAUUCUUAUUCUCACCAUCUUGAUUCAGAUAUUGGUGUUUCUGUUGUUGAUAGGUUUACCUAUUAUACACUUGCUUUCUUUGAGAAACUGAACAUGUAUAGCAAUGCUUCACUGAACAGUCUUUUCAACUCAUACGAUCGUUCCAUGUUGAUGUCCACUGCGUAUUAUCGAAUGGAUCUUUAUGAGCGGCCCUUAAAUGAGGUGCCUGUGACAAAUUUCUUUGGAUCAGUCAUGAAGACUCUCCACACAGAUUCAGCCUACACAGGUUUCUUGGCUGCACAUGACGAUGAAGUUCCCAUGUCCAUGAGAGAUAAUCAACAUGAUCAUUUCAUGUCAAAGAAUGAGGCUAGUGCAAGAAGAUUAAACAGAGAAAAGGAGGCACAAAUAAUUCCCCAUGGAUGGACAGAAGUUCUGCUUGAACAGCUGGAGGGCAAGAAUACUGACAUUGUUGCGCUGUAUGGUCUGGGAGCUAUGGGUAUAUUGUUGGCACUUUCAACCUGGUUAUCAAUGUAGGCACUAUGAAGAGUAUUCACACGCCAUUCUCAUCCACAGAGCACUGAAUCAUACUAACCCCAUAGAGACUGGGAUCAAAAAUAGAAAAGAACACGGUUUGAAGGUUCUUUUUGUAUUUUUAUCCUUUUUAAAAUAUCAUUAGUGUCAUUAUCAUUGAUUCUAAAUUGAUGUAUGUAGUUUUUGUAUCCACCUUCUAUUCUAUUGUGUUAGUACUCAUUGUUUAACAUGAUCUUUGGGAACAAUUUGAUGAUAUGCUUUACAACUCUUGCCAUCACA